UAAUUUUAAAAAGAACCGCGCCAAAUGGGGCGCCUGGGCACGAAGCGGGUCGCCUGACUUCUGAAGGCGAGACUAUCCUGUACAGUGUGGCUGCGGCUGGGUUUUCUCCUAGCCCGGGAAUCGGCUCAGUGGGUCAGUCGUUGGCAGUUUUGCUCUGCCGGGUGCCGAAGGGGUCGUUGGAAAGCGCUGGGCGGCGGGUUCAGUGGAUGAGGUCAGAAGCUGCUCCUUCGCCCUUGUUUCCUGGACUCUAGGAAACAACUCAGAACCCGGGGCCUCCCUUGGGGGGAAAAAGGUACUGUUUGGCUGAUGAAUGGUAACUUGACACUUGUUUCUGAAUAGAAUGCAUGCAGUAAUGAUGCCUCAAAAGACAGGUAAGAAUCAGGCACAAAACAGACCGUCACAAGGUAGCAGUAGUUACCAGACCAAUCUCUCAGCCUGCGAAGUAAAACAGAAACCAAGUGACUCGAAAGAAAACAACCCAAUGCAAGAUGAUGAACAUGCUGAUGAUCAAGAUGGAGACGUGCUGCAGAUAGCAAUGGAGUACUUUGAGAAAGAUCCCAUUAGAAGUUUACGGAGUAAAGAUAAAAUCUUGGAAAAGCACUUGAUAACCAUGGAGAAUGUGGCUUGGAAGAAUGGAUUAGCUCCAGAAACAAUUGACAUUCUGUUAAAUGUGGCACUCAGUGGCAGAUUUGGGAAUGCGGUAAACACACGGAUUUUGAAGUGCCUGAUUCCAGCAACUCUAAUAUCAGAAGAUUCUGUGGUUAAGGCAGUCUCCUGGCUUUGUGUUGGCAAGUGUUCUGGUAGCACCAAGGUACUUUUUUAUCGUUGGCUGAUUGCAAUGUUUGACUUCAUUGAUCAUAAGGAGCAAAUUAACUUGCUCUAUGGCUUCUUUUUUGCUUCAUUGCAAGAUGAUGUGCUGUGCCCUUAUGUCUGCCAUUUGUUAUAUUUACUUACCAAAAAAGAGAAUGUUAAGCCAUUUCGUGUGAGAAAACUGCUUGAUCUUCAGGCAAAAAUGGGAAUGCAGCCUCAUCUUCAGGCUUUGUUGUCAGUGUAUAAGUUCUUUGUUCCUACUUUGAUAUCUGUCUCUUUGCCUGUAAGGAAGAAGAUCUAUUUUAAGAACUCAGAGAAUCUGUGGAAGACUGCUCUGCUUGCUGUGAGGCAAAGAAACCAAGGACUUUGUCCAGAACCUCGAAAACUGAUGUUAGGUCCAGCUAACAUCCGUCCUCUAAAAAGAAAGUGGAAUUCUCACUCCAUUAUACCAGUGUUAAAUUCCAGUAGCCACACUACAGAAUGUGGGAAAAAAGAGAUGAAUCUUUCUGAGUAUCUCAGUAGCAGUGGGUCAUUGCCACUAGAACAGCUUCAGAGGUUCCCUCAACUUUUAGAGAACAUCCAUUGCUUAGAGCUGCCUUCUCAGAUGGGCUCAGUGCUAAACAACUCUCUGCUUCUUCACUAUAUUAACUGUAUCCGAGAUGAGUCUGUCCUUUUGAGACUCUAUCACUGGUUGAGUCAAACAUUACAAGAAGAAUGCGUUUGGUACAAAGUGAAUAAUUAUGAAAAUGGAAAAGAGUUUGCCAGCUUUCUGGACACGAUCAUCAGGGCAGAGUCCUUCUUACACGAAGGAUUUUAUUCCUGUGAAGCAUUCCUGUAUAAAAGCCUUCCUCUCUGGGAUGGCUUCUGUUGUCGGUCGCAGGUCCUUCAGCUUGUGAGCUGGAUCCCUUUUAAUAACUUUUCUGAGAUGAAACCACUUCUCUUUGACCAUUUGGCACACCUUUUCUUUACAUCAACCAUUUAUUUCAAGUGUAGUAUUAUUGAGAGCCUGAAAGAGCUACUGCAGAAUUGGUUGUUGUGGCUUUCAAAGGACAUCCAUGUGAAACCUGUGACAGACAGUCCUCUAGACACAUCGUUGUGUGAAUCCAUGAACUCUGUGUUUAAACUCGUUCACUAUGUAGGGUGGCUGUCCACUAUUGGCAUGCGCUUGGAGAGGAACAGUACUUUCUUGAUGCACUUUAUUUUGGAUUUCUUUGAGACGGCGUGUGACAUAUAUUUAAUUUAUAACCUUCCAUUGGUGGUGUUGUUUCCUCGUGCAAUCUUCUAUUCUGCACUCUUCACCCUGGAUGCCAGUAUCCUGAACCAGCUCUGUUAUAUUAUGCACAGGUAUCAUAAAAAUUUGACUGCUGCAAAGAAAAAUGAAUUGAUACAAAAGGCAAAAUCAAAGCUAAGUUUCAGCAGCAAGACCUAUAAGGAGUUUAACUGCUGUUUGACAACCAUGGUUGGUUGUCUGUGGACAUCCAAGCCCUUCAAGAAAGGAAUACGUUUCAGCCCUGAAACCCUUGAAAAACUUGGAGUAGAAGAGCAUAAAAGGAGUUUGAAUUUAGUCUACCACUCUUCUCUGUUGGGUUAUGCUGUUUCCUUCUUGCUACAGGAAACCCCAGAAGAAAAGACCAUAAACUUGAGCUCUAUUCAGGGAAAGAAAUGGAACUUGUAUUUGGACUAUUUAUUUUCAGAGGAGUUACAAGGCUUGAAACUUUUCAUAGAAAGUUGUAUUCGUCGUUCUUCUGUCUCCUGAUCGGAGAGCACAAACCACAAUGAUCAAUAUUAAAUGAUGCUGAUGUAAACAACAUGCCAAACUACAUUACUUCUUCAGUGCUAGAGAGACCAAGUAGCUCAGCUUGAGUUUCCAUAUUCACUUCACUAACACUGCCAUCAUCCACGAGUACCUGGACUGGCCUUCUUUCUGUGGAGGAGAGCCUUCGUAUCACUAACUUAUUUUUCAGCACUUAGCUUUUUAGGCUCCACCUUCCAUCACAUUAUACAUAAAGACACACACCUCUUUGGUAGUCGGGUUUUUCAUAUCUUUGUGUACUAUAAGCUCCACUGAUGGAAGAGAGGGGUAAUGUACAGUGGCAGUUAAUCCACAGACAUGUACAUGCAAAAUACUCAGCUGCCUCUGAAACCUCUGGGCUAUCACCAUUUUUCUUGUUGUGAACAACAGCACUAGGACCAAGUUAACAGGGUACAACAUGUAUUACUAAGAGCCCUAGUAGUUGGUGACUUCCUGAGCCUUCACUGGUAGUGAUUUAGUAAGAAAAGAAAGACUGAAGGACUGUGGGCUAGGGAAGACGUUUCUGUUUAUACCAAUUUGAUUUUAUGAAACUGCACCACUUUGUGUGUAUAUGUGUGUGUAUAUAUAUAUAUAUAUGCAGUCGUCAAGUGUUCAGGCCUAAAUAAAUUAAUUGCAACUUUACUUUCAGAUGUAAUUCUGAAGCCUUUUAAAAGCUUCAUAAUAGCUGAAGUCUUGCUGAAACUAUAAAAUUCUGCUUCAGUGCUACUGAAUAACUCCCCCUUUAUUUUAAUAAAGUUCAUAUCAUUUAAAAGAAA